GUUAACGUUGUUUGUGCAUGUUGUCCAAAAGCUUUGAACUUUGAAUUGCAGCAAGCCAGAAAUUUCGUCAAGCAAAAUGGCUACCGCAGAUUCUGUGUCAGUGUUCGCAGAAGGGACUUUUGAAGAACAGAUACAAGAGCUAGUAGAUUAUGCCACUCGAAGUAGCCCAGAGGAUGAACGUGCUACCGCCUUGCAAUCUUUCCGAGAUAUCGUAAAGUCAGGCGAAGGGGCUAAACCCAUUGAAGAGGAUCAGGAAAGAAGACGGCGCGCAUUGAUCUUUGCGCUGGAUCAGACGAAAGGCUUGGGCGACGGAUCAGAGCAAGAAAUCGAGGGCUAUUUCAACCUUCUCUUCUCUCACUUGCUGACACUAUGGGCAAGCAACUCGCCAGAAACUAAUCAUCAUGUCUCCUCACUCUUGUAUAUUCUUACUUCGUCACAUUCCGACCAGCCAUCAGUGAAGUACCGCGUCAUAUCAAAUCUCUUCAAUGCUACCCCUCGUAAUUCAGCUCUCCGCCUACCUAUCUACAAAGCCUUACUACAGGUCGCCACUGAAAAUGGAGAGCUCGAGUCAUUACGCCUAACCAGAAAAGAUAUCGAGCAAUGGCUACAAGAAUGGGAUAUAUCUAGUGAAGAGCGCAGUCAGUUCCUCAAAUCCAUUGUCGAGGCAUUCAUAAAAUCUGGCCAGCCGGAAACGGCUUAUCACCACACUCUUGCCUAUGUUUCUUCAUUACCGUCAUCAUCGCCUGACGGUCAAUCCGCAGCUAUUGAUGCCAUAGCCUUGGCAUUGCGCUUACCCUCCUUGUUUGACUUGGAUCCACUGUUCAAGUUGGACGCCGUUGUCGCAGCAAAAGAUCACGAGCUUUUCUCGCUUCUCCAGAUAUUUUUGAACAGUGGGCUACCAGAAUUCCAUUCGUGGCUCGAAAGUCAUCCCGCUGUUCUCGAAAAAUAUGAACUCGAUCAGGCGCAACUUGAGCGGAAGAUCCGUCUUCUGUCAUUUGCGUCACUAGGUUUUGCACACGUCGGGCAUGAUCUACCAUAUUCAGAGGUCGCAUCGACCCUGCAGAUUGAAUUGAGUCAAGUGGAGAAGUGGGCGAUUGAUGUGAUCCGCACCGGUCUUCUUUCGGGAAAGCUCUCACAAACUACCCAAUCUCUACAUGUCUACCGCUCGUCAGCGCGCACGUUUGAGCGAGAGCAAUGGGAGGCACUGGAAAAGCGUCUUGUUGCGUGGAAGGCGGGCCUAGCGAGUGUGUUGGAGGUUGUUACUAGCGCACAAAAGCGCGGUAACGGUUCGGCUGUGAGUGAGGUCGUGCAGCAAGUCACGCAGACGGGCACCGAGAGCGUUCAGGUUGAUGCCGCGUAGUCUAUAUUAGAUUUGUAUUCCCAGUCAUUCCAAUCUUGAUUACUUGCGUGCUAGACGAAUUUCAUGGACAACCUGGCACCAAUGCCAGUGGUUAUCACGA